UAUUAUUUUUAUUAUUUUCAUUAUUAUUGGUGUUGGUAAUAUAUUGUUGGUUGAAUUCCCAUAAUUUAUUUAUACAAACAGGAUUAUAUUUUAUACUAUUGAACAUAUUCUUUUCCAAUUUUGCAAUUCAAAUCAAAUUAUUCGAAAAAAAAAUAAUAAAAUAACAAAACAAAUAAACAAAAUGACUCUUAAUUAUCUUCAGGGUUUAGAAGGUGCUAGGGAUUAUAUUCUUCAGAGAUUACCCAAAGAAUUAAGCUCUCCUAGGGUGCUAAUUAUUUGUGGUUCUGGAUUAGGUGGUAUUCAAAAGAUUAUUGAAAAAGAGCUAUCUGUUGUGGUUUCAUAUAGCUCCAUUCCUGGAUUUAAAGAGAGCACAGUUUCUGGACAUGAAGGAAAACUAAUCUUUGGGUAUAUUGGAGCCAAUAAAGUUUCUGUGAUGUGUAUGGUUGGUAGAUUACACUUCUACGAGGGAUAUGAACUCUCAGAGGCCACAUUUCCAAUCCGAGUUGCCUCAUUGUUGGGCGUUUCAGUAAUGAUUGCCACCAAUGCUGCUGGUGGUAUUAAUCCAUUGUACAAACCAGGGGACUUGAUGAUAAUCAGUGAUCAUAUCAACUUUCCAGGGUUGAGUGGCUCGCAUCCCCUAAGAGGACCCAAUGUGGAUGAAUUUGGACCAAGAUUCUUGCCAUUGUCUAAUACCUAUGAUUUGGAGUUACGCAAGCUUUUCUUUCAAAGUGCACAGAGCAGAAAAAUCACCAGAAGAAUUGCAGAGGGAGUGUAUGCUUUUGUUUCAGGACCCACCUACGAGACAAGAGCUGAGGUUCGCUUCUUGAAGACAGCUGGUGCUGACGCUGUGGGAAUGAGCACAGUGCCCGAGGUUAUCAUUGCUCACCACUGUGGAAUGAGGGUGUUUGCCUUGAGUCUCAUCACCAACACCUGUGUUGGCGACGAACCAGCAAGCAUCUUCGACGAGGCUCCGGUGUCGCUUGAGCAAGGAAAGGCCACCCACUCGGAGGUGCUUGAGUACGCCAACAAAGCCUCGCUCGACGUGCAGAGCAUCAUCCAGGCCACUGUCAACCGGUUGUGAGCCCGUGGUGCUGCUGCUUCUGCUUAUACACGCGCUCUCCUGCAUCGCUCUGCAACAAGAGGUUGUCCACUCGGCUGGGUCUGCUCGGG